GUGCACACGGACGACGCGUCGACGAAGCUCUCCGACCGCGUCCGCCGCCGCUGCUUCAACUGCUGCACGACGGACACGAGCACGUGGCGCCGCAGCACGCUCUCCCCGGGGAAGGUCCUCUGCAACAAGUGUGGCCUCUUCGAGCGCACGCACUCGCGCCCGCGCCCCGAGCAGUUCCCGCACAAGCGCGGGCCGCUC